CCCAAUCCUCUAGAGUCCCAGAGACUGGGGCUACAUGCUAAUUUAUCCUCUCUGGACUUUUGCAGCUCCAGAUGGCAUGAGAGCAGCCAUUCGGAAAUCUAUAGUGUCCUUGAACCCACCAUGGAGUAGAAUAUUUAAAGGAGAGAAUGUGACUCUUAUAUGUCAUGGGAACAAUUCCCUCGAAGACAGCCCCACUAAGUGGAUCCACAAUGGCAUCAUCUCAGAUGUGACAACUUCAUAUUGGCACAUUGUGAAUGCCAGCAUUGAAGACAGUGGAAAAUACAAAUGUCAGAAGAAAAAGUUGUACAAGAGUGAACCUGUGUACCUGGAAGUGUUCAGUGACUGGUUGCUCCUUCAGGCUUCUGCUAAGGUGGUGAUGGAGGGUGAGCCCCUCUUCAUCAAGUGCCAUGGUUGGAACAACUUGAAAAUCUACAAGGUGAUCUACUACAAGGAUAACACAGCUUUGAAGUACAUGUAUGAGAACCAAAACAUCACCAUUACAAAUGCCACACGUAAUGACACUGGCACGUAUUACUGUGAGGGAAGAGUUCGGCGGCUGCACUAUACCUCUGAGAACCUCACAAUUACUGUAGUGAACGCUUUCCAAAGCAAGUAUUACUGGCUACAACUUGUUAUCCCCUUGGUGGUGGUGAUUCUGUUUGCUGUGAACACAGGGUUAUUGGUCUCAACCCAGGAGCAGUUCAAAUCAAUCUUGAAGAUUCAGGAGACAAAACCACCCCCUAAGCCAGAUCCCUGCAGGAGUUGA